UGAGCAGACGGGGUAAAAGAAAAAAAUUGUGCUUCAGUUUGAUUUCCUCUAUCUUCUUUUAAGGAACUUUAAGCUCGGAGUAAUAUUAUUCAGUGCACCAGUUAAAGCUACAGUUAAUAAUGGAGUCAGAAGGAGCGCUCCAGGCUGCUAACAAACUUAUCACACAAUUACAGUCACAAGUUGCCGUGCUCACCAAGCGAAUUCAGGAUUUGGAGCUUGAGAAUACAACAAGGCUUUCACAAAAACUGAGAAGCUGCCACAAUAUGCAUGAAGAGAGGGAAAGCUGUCAAGUUCUCUGUAAUGGAGAGAUCACGGUGGCAGACUCUAAUGAAACAAAUCAAGGGGAAAAUAAAAUAGAAUUUGAUAUCCAUUAUUCGAAUGAGCAGGAUCUGUCUACAUUAUAUUUGGAGGAUAAUGAUAAAGUAAAUUUUCAAUACAGUCCUGGAGAAGACGAUGUUGUCUCAGGUUCAUUGAACAUGUAUACAAUGGUAUUUGGAAAUAUAGACUCAAGUGUAAAGAAUAUUAUGCACGGAUGUCAUGAAAUGGAUCAGAAAACUACUUUGGGUCAAGCCAAUAUUGAAAAUGAACCUUUGGCAAAACUAGAUACUGUAUCUGGACAAACAGAAGCUGGUAACUGUCUGAUAGACGGCAGCAGUAAAUUUUGUCAAGUGUCUGACAUACAAGAUGAUCAUGUCAGGAAAAAGACAAAAGACAACAAAAAACAGAGUGUAUCUCAUUGUGGAAGGAGAUAUGUGGCUCUUAAAAUUAUGUAUUUUGGACAGAGGUUUUAUGGCUUUGCAUCAGAGGCCAACAUGGAGCCCACUAUUGAGUCUGAACUUUUUGCAGCAUUUGAGAAAAAUAGACUGUUAGUUGGAGAUCUCAGUGAGGCUCAAUACACUCGAUGUGGUCGGACAGACAAAGGUGUUUCAUCCUUUGGACAGGUGAUUGCACUCUAUUUACGGUCAAAUCAUAAAACUCUGGCCAGUGGGACAGACUCCAAGGACCUAGAAAACAUCUCUGAUGAAAACGAAAUUGAUUAUGUUAGGGUAUUGAACAGAGCACUUCCUAGUGAUAUUCGUGUUCUUGGUUGGUCUCCUGUACCCGAUCACUUCCAUGCAAGGUUUAGCUGUUUGAGUAGAGAAUAUAAGUACUACUUUUUGCGUGAGAACCUUGAUAUAUUGGGAAUGGAAGUUGCAUGUAAGAAGUUUCUGGGAGAACAUGACUUUCGGAAUUUCUGUAAGAUGGAUGCACUGAAUGUGCAUAAUUAUAAGCGGCAGAUCUCAAGUUUUAAAAUUGUUCCCUGUGAUGAAAGGUGGGCUGGCAAAGAAAUAAUGGCAAUGUGGAUCAAGGGAAGUGCAUUUCUCUGGCACCAAGUUCGAUGCAUGGCUGCUGUGCUAUUUAUGAUUGGUCAGGGAAUGGAAUCACCAACUGUGAUUGAUGAACUGCUAGACACCAAUAAGACGUGUAGAAAACCACAAUAUAAAAUGGCAUCCGACUUACCUCUUGUUCUUCAAACAUGUGAAUUUGGAGGACUCAAUUUCAGGUGCUCAUCUGAUGCAGCUAGGAUCUUGCAUUUGCACAUGGAACAGCAACUUGACACUUCCCUUCUACAAGCUGCAAUCUUUCAUGAAGCUUUAUCCCAACUCCCUGAUUAUGCAACCACAAGUGACACAUUGCUGUUAAAGCGGGGAAGAAAGAAGCUAUCACAUGUUCCUCUCAGUCUUCGUCCUACUGAACCUACUUAUGAGGAACGUCAUAUGAAAUUGAGAGCAAAAUCAGAAAAUAAAUUUGCCUCCUCAGAUCAUCAGAAAGCCAGUUUCUCAUCUAAAAUGGUUAGCGGAAGCUACAAGGGAAAGAUGCUCCAUUUACACAACACAUCUGCACAUCAAACAAGAGACCAGUAAAGCUAAAUUACUAACUACCAAACUGUACUUAAAAGUUGAUCUUUUCACAUCUUUAGUUUAGAGUUGGCUAGUUUUUAUUGAUUUAGCAUUCAUACAGGGAAUACUCUAGAGACAGAUGAGCUACAUAACACUACUAAGAACAACCUUCUGGUACUUUCUAGACAAACUUUGGCUGUGGCACAUUGGUUUUACAUAACAGUUAAAGCUUAAAAUUUACAAAAGGGAAUCGCUUAAAAAAUAUUUUUUGUUUUUCCCCAAUCAGGGUUUAGGAUCAAGAAUAGACUCUUAUGUUGAAGACUUAUAUGAGAAAGUUCUAUAUCAAAAAUAAAUAAAGAAACAAAGAAAGAAAAGAAUUUUGCUACCUCUUGUUACUGAUGCAGAAAUUUUAAAUUCGUGUUUCCUGGUCAGUGGAAGAUAGCAUUGUGCCGCAAUUAGGCAAAUACUAAGAUUGGUUCCUUGUUCAUAGUUAUAUUAUUAGGUUGAUGCUAAUUAUCUAGGAUGGCAUGUAAGCACGUUGCAUGGGCAUUGUUUUAUUGAACCAUGGAUUAGUGUAAAAUCAUGUUGCAUGUGUAUUGAUUGUGAUGGAAGAA